GUACCUCACUUCAUGUUACCUUACUCUCUCCUGUGACUCUUCUUUUCGUCCACCUCCAUCACACAGUUCCUUCUCCCAUCUCAGAGUUAUCUAUCUCUUCAUCAUCUGCUUUCUUCACGCAUACAUAGCAACCAUCUUCCCCUCAAAUAGUUCCAAUAAAACUCAUAUCUGUCAUAAUGCCCUCGGAGCAAGAAACCACAACCAUUCCGGCUACCCCAAGCCGCCAGGAGCACAACUCCUUCCAUGCACAACCACCAAGUCCUUCCACUAACAACACUUUGGAUAACCACAUUCACUCUCAGUACCACCCACCACUACCACCACCAAGACUUUCCAUUCUUCACCGCUCCCUCCGUCCCGUUACCCUUAAAUUUGAAGAUGUGAGUUACAGCAUAACCAUUGGAAACCAGAAGAACAAUGGUGGUGCUCACGUGUCAUCGUCACGUGACCCAAAACUAACACGAACGGUGCUAAACGGUGUGACUGGGAUUGUGGGCCCAGGAGAGAUCAUGGCAAUGCUGGGUCCCUCCGGUAGCGGCAAAACCACCUUGCUCACCGCCCUCGCCGGCCGACUCACCGGAAAACUCUCCGGCGACAUCACAUACAACAACCAACCUUUCUCCGGCACCGUCAGACGCAGCACCGGGUUCGUCUCCCAAGACGACGUGCUGUACCCUCACCUCACCGUGGUUGAAACACUCACCUACGCCGCUCUGCUGAGACUUCCCCGGAGCCUCACCGUGGAAGAGAAAAUGGAGCAGGUGGAGCUGAUCAUCACGGAGCUGGGGCUCUCGAGGUGCCGGAACAGCCCCGUCGGCGGCGGCGGCGCGUUGUUCCGGGGAAUCUCCGGCGGGGAGCGGAAGCGGGUUAGUAUCGGGCAGGAGAUGUUGGUCAACCCGAGUUUGUUGUUGCUGGAUGAGCCGACGUCGGGCUUGGACGCCACCACGGCACAGCGCAUCGUGGCGGUGCUUCGGAGCCUCGCUCGCGGUGGCCGGACCGUGGUGACCACCAUUCACCAACCAUCUAGCCGGCUGUAUAGGAUGUUUGAUAAGGUGGUGGUGCUGUCUGAUGGAUAUCCAAUUUAUAGCGGGCAAGCGGGUCGGGUCAUGGAUUAUCUUGAAUCGGUUGGGUUUGUACCCGCUUUCAAUUUUGUGAAUCCUGCUGAUUUCCUCAUUGACCUUGCAAAUGAUUGUAAAUUUGCAGGCAUUGUUGCUGAUAUGAAACCGAAUGAUAAGAUAACUCACCAUGAGGGUCAAGCUUCGAUCAAACAAUCCCUAGUUUCAUCUUACAAAAAGGAUUUGUACCCUCUCCUCAAAGAAGAGAUUCAGCAGAGUAAUAGAGACCAAACAUUUUUCACUACAAGAAAAUAUAGAAGUUCUAACAACCAAUGGACAGCUAGCUGGUGGGAGCAAUUCAAGGUUCUGCUUAAGAGGGGUUUAAAAGAGAGGAGGCAUGAAUCUUAUUCUGGCUUAAGGAUUUUCCAAGUCUUGUCUGUCUCAAUUCUCUCUGGACUUCUCUGGUGGCAUUCUGAUCCCUCACAUGUACAAGAUCAGGUAGGCCUGCUUUUCUUCUUCUCUAUCUUCUGGGGAUUCUUCCCUCUGUUCAGUUCCAUCUUUGCAUUUCCAAUGGAUAGUCCAAUGCUCAAGAAAGAACAAUCAUCAGGCAUGUACCACCUCUCCUCCUACUACAUUUCCAGAAUGGUUGGGGACUUACCAAUGGAGCUUGUGCUUCCAACAAUCUUUGUAACCAUCACCUACUGGAUGAGUGGUCUAAAGCCAUCAAUGGUUACAUUCAUGUUAACCCUCUUGAUCAUGCUUCUGAAUGUGCUAGUCUCACAAGGAAUAGGCCUGGCACUUGGAGCUAUUCUGAUGAAUGUCAAACAGGCCGCAGCUCUGGCUUCGGUGACAAUGCUGGUGUUUCUUCUAGCUGGCGGCUACUACAUUCAACAAACACCAUCUUUCAUAGCUUGGUUGAAGUACAUUUCUUUCAGUCACUAUUGUUAUAAGCUUCUGGUGGGAGUGCAAUUCUCAGCGAAUGAGGUUUAUGAGUGUGGACCAAGUUUGCAUUGUGAGAUAAGAGAUUUUCCUGCCAUAAAGUGUCUCCAGCUUGGUAACAUGUGGGAUGAUGUGGCUGUGUUGGCUAUAAUGUUGAUUGGGUACAGAGUAGUGGCUUAUUUAGCUUUGAGGAUGGGUCUGCAUCAUUGACUAGAAUAAAGACUUCAUAACAGACUAGGGAUCAUGAACUUAAUUUAGUACACCUUUGAAGUGGUAGUUCAAUUCAAGCUACAAGGAGCAUAUAUUUGAAUCCUUGUGAGUAAUUGUUGUGACAUGAAUUAAGCAGUAGUUUGGACAGUGAAAAUUCAUAUCUUUCAUGUAA